AUGGGGGAGAUGGAGCAGCUGAGGCAGGAAGCGGAGCAGCUCAAGAAGCAGAUUGCUGAUGCCAGGAAAGCCUGUGCGGACACCACCCUAGCUGAGCUUGUGUCUGGCCUAGAGGUGGUGGGACGAGUCCAGAUGCGGACACGGAGGACAUUAAGGGGACACCUGGCCAAGAUCUAUGCCAUGCACUGGGCCACUGACUCUAAGCUGCUGGUAAGUGCCUCGCAGGAUGGGAAGCUGAUCGUGUGGGACACUUACACCACUAACAAGGUGCAUGCCAUUCCACUGCGUUCCUCCUGGGUCAUGACCUGUGCCUAUGCACCAUCAGGGAACUUUGUGGCGUGUGGGGGUCUGGACAACAUGUGUUCCAUCUACAGCCUCAAAUCCCGUGAGGGUAAUGUUAAGGUCAGCCGGGAACUCUCUGCUCACACAGGUUAUCUCUCCUGUUGCCGUUUCCUGGAUGACAACAACAUUGUGACCAGCUCUGGGGACACCACGUGUGCCUUGUGGGACAUUGAGACAGGGCAGCAGAAGACGGUGUUUGUGGGACACACUGGAGACUGCAUGAGCCUGGCUGUGUCUCCAGACUACAAACUCUUCAUUUCGGGUGCUUGUGAUGCCAGCGCAAAGCUCUGGGAUGUGAGGGAAGGGACCUGCCGCCAGACUUUCACUGGCCAUGAAUCCGACAUCAAUGCUAUCUGUUUCUUUCCCAAUGGAGAGGCCAUCUGCACUGGCUCAGACGAUGCUUCCUGCCGUCUGUUUGACCUGAGGGCAGACCAAGAACUGACCGCCUAUUCCCACGAGAGCAUCAUCUGCGGCAUCACGUCAGUAGCCUUCUCGCUCAGUGGUCGCCUGCUCUUCGCAGGUUACGAUGACUUCAACUGCAAUGUCUGGGACUCUUUGAAGUGUGAGCGUGUAGGCGUACUCUCUGGCCACGAUAACAGAGUCAGCUGCCUGGGGGUCACAGCUGAUGGUAUGGCUGUGGCCACUGGUUCCUGGGACAGCUUCCUCAAAAUCUGGAACUAA